AUGUGUCCAUUCAACAACACAAACACAUCGCUAUCGCACGUUAUAUGUAACUUCCAGCUGAGUGAGGGGGGCGAGGUGCUGAAGCGUUUCAGUGAGGUGGAGGCUGUGUGUCUGCAGGCCCUCAUGGCUGACCCCCUGCGUCCGUUUGUACCGCAGUACCAUGGCUCGGUCAACAGGGGGGGUAACAGUUACAUCCGCCUGGAGGACUUACUGAGUGGCCUGAAGAACCCUGUCAUCAUGGACUGCAAGAUGGGCGUGAGGACAUAUCAGGAGGAGGAAUUAACCAAAUCACACACCAAUCCCACCCUGAGGACUGAUAUGUACCAGAAGAUGGUAAAAGUUGAUCCAGCGGCUCUCACUGUGGAGGAACAUGAGCAGCGAGGCGUGACGAAGUGGCGCUACCUGCAGUGGAGGGAUAACAACAGCUCCACCUCCACACUAGGCUUCAGGAUUGAGGGCAUCAUGAUGGAGAACGGCAGCGUACAGCGGGACUUUAAGAUGCUCACCCCAGCCCAGGUCACCGAGGCCCUCCUCUCCUUCACCAACAGUCAUCUACACAUCCUGAAGGCCUACCAUUCCAGACUUCAGGCUCUGGAUGAAGCCCUGAAGGAAUCCCCAUUUUUCAAAGCCCAUGAGGUGAUUGGCAGCUCGCUCCUCUUCGUCCACGACUGGACCAGUAAGGCCAGCAUCUGGAUGAUAGACUUUGGGAAGACCACCCCGUCGCCCAGCACUGUGCAGCUGAGGCAUGACGUCCCGUGGGCCGAGGGGAAUCGGGAGGAUGGGUACCUGAUCGGGCUGGCCGCCCUCACCUCCCUCGUGGGUCAGGCCAUCAGCCAGGCAGCCUGCAGACAGGAGGAGAACCAUGGAGAGGAGAUGGGCAGUGUCACACACACCCUGCAGGAACAGGAACACACACAGACUAAAAGUCAGGGUGGUCAGGGCGAGGCAGCACAGAAUGAAGAUACUUCUGAUUGAAGAAGAGAGGCCACAUCAGGACAAUAUUCACAGGAAUGUGUUCUCUAAUUUACAUGGAUGAUGUUUGUGGAUAAUUGCAAUAGACACUAUUAAUGGAUAGAAUUAUCUUAACUGUUUAGAA